AUGGCAAAGGGCGGUGGUUCGCAGCUGUCCCAGCUCAAGUCCAAACUUCAUAGCUCAGGCGUCACAGACCGUCGGCAACUAUCCAAAAAGUCUCGCUCUCGCAAGGGUGGGCAAGACGAGAAAGAUGCCGCCGCAUCCCGCUUGAACAAGAUCAACUCGAUCGUCUCUGGUCUCAACCCAUUCGACACAAAGGUCACCAAGCCAAAGCAUGAAGUGCUUGGACGUAAGAUCAAGGGCGCUGUUGGCCGUCCUGGUGCUGCUAAAGCAAGUGGUCUCGCACAACGAAGAGAGACACUGCUUCCAGAAUGGCAGGCACGCAACCGCUCGGGCACCUUCGUCGACCGACGUUUCGGUGAGAACGAUGCCAACAUGACACCAGAGGAGAAAAUGUUGGAACGAUACGCCACCGAAAAGCAAAGGAGAGCAGCAAAGGGUGCUGCUUUCAACCUCAACGAUGAUGACGAGUUGCUCACACAUUACGGACAGUCGCUCAGCGGGUUGGAUGAUCUAGCUGAUAUUCGACUUCCGGGAGAUGACGAUGACGAAGAGGAUACUGGCCGACUCACCGCACAAGGUCACUUCGGCGGCUUCGGCGAGAAUGAAGAUGGCGACAAGUCCAAGGCCGACGUCAUGCGCGAAGUUAUUGCCAAGUCCAAAUACCACAAGCUCGAACGCCAAAAGAUGAAAGACGCCGACGACGAACUUCGAGAGCAGCUAGAUGACGAACUCGCAGACAUACGUGGACUUCUCUACGAUCAAGCUCCUGUCCCAACACCAGCGCCAGCACCAGACCCGAAGGCCAAAGCAAAGAUCAAUGUCUUUCCCGGUCCAGCCGCUACUGGUGCCAAUGCAACUGCCAUCGUCGGUAACGCCAAGAUGGAGUCACAAGAAGGUGCUGAGGAGAAGCCUGCCAGCUCCUAUGAUACGUUUGUCCGCGAGUUGGCGUUCGAGCGCAGAGCAAAGCCGCAAGACCGACUCAAGAGCGAGGAGGAGCUGGCCGCUGAGGAGGCACAGAGAUUGAUGAAGGCAGAGAAGGCACGCUUGAAGCGAAUGCGUGGCGACAGUGAUGACGAAGGCGAGGAAGAGGAAGAGGAAGAGGGAGGACGUCGCAAGCGCAAGAAGGGUACUGGCCCUUCAUCAGGAACCAAGCGUGCAGCACAGGCCGACGACCUUGACGAUGAUUUCGAGCUGGAUGGUAUGACUGCUGGUGAGGUGUACGGUCUUGGUGCGGGUCUUGCUGAGAGUGGUGCUGUCGAUGAGGGCGACGACGAGGAACAGGAUGAGGACGGCGAAGAGGAAGAGGACGAGGAUAAGGAGGAAGGUGGCGAGGGCUCAGAAGGUGGGGAAGAUGAGGAAGAGGAUGACGAGGACGACUUCGCCGAUCUGGCUGACGCAGACGAUGCAAUUCAGAUUGGCGAAGACCAAGAGUCGGAGCAAGAAGGUGACCAUGAAGCGCUCACAGGCAGCUCCUCUAAAGCUGGUUCAUCCAGCCAAGGUGGCAAAGCAGGCGCGUCAAAAGCAAAAUCGACACCUGUCACCGAAACCAAGCUGCCCUUCACCUUCCCUUGCCCCGCAACCCACGACGAGCUUCUGUCGCUCCUUGAAGCUCACUCGAUCGAGCCCAAGCAUAUCCCCACCGUCAUCAAGCGUAUCCGCACACUCCACCACCCCAGUCUGGCCGAAGACAACAAGUACCGCCUGCAAGCGCUCAUCGGCGUCCUCAUCGAUCACGCUCUGCAUUGGGCUGGUCAAGCACAACUCCACCAAUCAAAGACAGGCGAGAAGCACAAGCUAGCAUUCGCUAUCGUCAACUCGGUCAUCCCACACAUCUUCAGUCUCUCGCAGAACUACCCUGCAGCCUCAGCAGAACACUUUGUGGGCAAGCUCGCUCUCAUGCAGCGCAACCUUUCUCGAGGUCUCGCCAAGGGUCCCAUCGAGGCUGAUGCAAGGACGUGGCCAAGGUUGCCCGAGUUGACAAUGUUGAGGUUGGUGGGCUCGGUUUGGCCGACAUCCGAUAAGCAGCACAAUGUGACAACACCGUUGGCAUUGUUGAUCGCUCAGUAUUUGGGCCACGCAAGGAUCAGGUCGGUAAGCGACUUGGCUUCGGGUCUCUUCUUGUGUUCGCUGGUGGUGUCGAACGAGAAGGAAAGCAAGAGACUGUUCCCUGAAGCGCUCAACUUCCUCUUCUCGGCGGUCGCUAUCUUGGCACCGUUGGGUGGAGAGAAGAAGCAGCGCCAAGGUUUGGCAAAGGUCCGUGCUGUAGCGGAAGAGUACGGUAUCCCAACUCCUGACGUCAAUGCACAUCAUACUCGCCACCUCCGUCUUUCCGGCGAGGACUCGGUCGAGCAAGCACAGGAAGCGGUCGACCUUCCGAGCUUGAUCACCUCCAAAUCAACCGACGACUCCGCCUUGCAGCAGCAACAAUCCUCAACCCUCCUUCCCGUCGCGCUUUCCCUCAUUUCUAACUUCAGCGAGCUCUACAACGGCUCUACAUCCUACGUCGAGCUCUUCACUCCCUUCUCUACCCUCCUUUCGCUCUCACUUUCGACUUCUUCCUCCGCCCUCUCUACCAGCCUGGACCGCAAUCUCAAGAACGCCUCCUCCUCCCGCCGCUACUUGAGAUUGCAGGCCCACCGAGCAAUCGCCAUCGCCUCUCACGUCCCCAAGUUCGACCAACAGGGUUACAAUCCAGACCGCAAGUCUGCCCUCGACCCCGAUGCCGAGCGUGUCCAGAUGCAAAAGAUGAAGGCGCUCAUCAAGAAGGAGCGCAAGGGCGCGAUUCGCGAGUUGCGCAGAGACAACCAGUUCAUUGCAGAGGUCCGGAGACAGGAUCAGGCAGAGGAAGAUCAGAGUUACAAGAAGAAGAUGGACAAGAUCAUGUCGACGUUGCAGGUGGAGAGAAGCGAGCAGAAGCAAUUGGAGAGGGCAAAGGCCAACAUCAAGAGACGUGCGGGCAAGAAGUGA